AGCAGGCCAUGGCGAUGGUAGUCUUUCUACUGCUGUGUUCGUUUUAUUUUGUUUAAUAUUUGUACAGAUAUAGUUUUUCUUCAUUCGGUCAGCGACCGUCGUUCGUGUAGUAACAUAGUAGGUCGUGUAUCCGUACGCGUUUCGAGAUUUGCUUCCUAUUUGGAUGGGCAGUGCAACAAAACGUAACGAAACCGUAGUUCGCCGUGAAUUCCUUAGAUUGUACUGAGAGCGCAGUGUUUUUGCUCUCACGCGACCGUCCAGUGCAUCCAGAAUUGCAUUACUCGAGGACGAACUUCCGAGAGGAUUCCAUCAGUGCAACACGUUAAUCAACUGUCAAAGUGAAUGAUGCAGUGCGCAGAUCAAUCAAAUUUCAUGACAUACUUGGAUUUCAUCACCAGUGCCGCCAGUGUGAGAAAGUGACAUAACUUGUUAGAAAAAAGGUUACAGUGUUACAACAAAGUGGUGCUAUACAAAUUUCACUUUAAAUGCAGCAGCAACAGCUAUUGAUGGGAAGAUCAAUCGCAAUAUACAUCGGCCUGGAUUAAAAAUAUACGCAUAUAGCAAGACGAAGUGAAGCCGUGAAUAAUACAUGCACAUGGCAUUUAUGUGUUGUGUGGCUAAAUGGUAAACAGUGGUGUAAUCAAAGAUAGAUCGUUGAAUAGCAAAUGAGGAGGAAAAUACAUACGAAAUGAUUGAUGGAAUGAGCUUUAAGUGAAUCAUUUGUGUAACAGUGCAUUGCAGUCUGCGAAGAUACUCCACCAACUGCAACAGAGACUAACGGCUGGAUUUAACCGAUGAAAAGUGAAAUUUUAGUCAACAGCAGACCCGUUGUUUAAUUGUUCUACUACUCUACAUCUUACCGUACGCUAGCAGUUAUAGCCAACCUACCGGGUGUAAAACGCCUUCCCACUCACUCCAACGCCAAGUUUUCCGUAGUGCAGUGCAUUAAACAGAAGCCAGCAUCAGAAAGUGGUUCACGAAAACAGCUGAAAAUAAAAGAAAUCAAAAUUAACCUAGAAUAAUAAAGUGACGUGCAAAACACGACCGGUAACACGAGCCCACUUGGUGCGAGAAAAAAAAGUGAGAAAAAAAGUUUCCGAAACAGAAAAAAAAGAGGAAAAAAUUGCUUCUCUUCCUGGUUUGUGCAACCGGAGCUGAAAAAAAAUAACGACAGAGUACGAAGCUCUGGCUGUGGCUCUCGCUCUCUCUCUCUCUGUGUGGUGACUUCAACGCUAGUGUUGAAAGUUAAUCGUGCAUAAAAAGAAAAUAAGUAAUUAUCCUUUUAAAUAAGAAAAUUGAGGCAACGCCGAAGGAGGAGAAGCGUUACAGGGAAGAAAAGAAAGAUGCUCAUCCAAGUUGAAAAUUGGGAAACAGAGAAGAAAAUAAUCGAUGUGCUACAAUUAUAAGUGAGAUAAUUCCGUUGUUUUCUUUCUCUUGUGUAUUUCCCUCUGCCGCCUGCUCGGAUCCACCCCCAACAACAAAACUACUAUUGGGCUUACCAUCGUUUCGGUUGUGUCUCGUAACCAUCGCCGGACGGUUGUUGUUGUUUUUUUUUCGGUGUUUGUGCCGUUACUAUGGAGACUAGCUAUAACAGUGGAACCGGAGAAUUCGACGUAAAUAUGUUCGAUCAGUACAUUUACAAGCGUAACGAGUCGAAUCUUGACGUAUCACUCUCAGUCCCACACUAUAACGGCCAGCAUGGGCAGCACUACAACAUGAACGACCACACCUUUCAUGCGCCAUCGUUUGGCGACGAGGAGUUUGACCUUCCUACAAUGAACUCACAUCUUCAUCCUCAACAGCAGCAACAACACCAACACCAGCAACAGCAACAGCAGCAACAACAACAACAGCAGCAGCAGCAUCCACAUCAAACGCAUCAGAUGGAACAGCACCAGUAUCAAAUGCACAAUAAUGGCCAACCACCGCCCCAUAUGGGAAUGUUAAACGACCAGCAACAACAGCCACAGCAGCAACAGCAGCAGCAGCAACAAUACAAUCAAUGGCAUCAGGAAUCACAUUUAACUCACCACAGUCAGUACACAAUGCCGUCACCAAAUCAGCCCACAUAUCACCAGCUGAAUAGCCCUAGUCCAAAUAAUCCGAACGCAACCUUGCACGUGAUGCAACCGCCGCAGCAAUCGCCUCAAAUCCCACCGCAGAUGUCACCGCAGCUGGGCUCCGGUGCUCCCGUCGGGACAGGUCCUGGCGGCUACAUGGGCAGGUCCCCUCCACAGCCAGGUGGCGGAGGCGGCGGCGGCGGCGGCGGAGGACAUCACCUGAACAAUAACGAACCGGGAACCACCAGCGAGGACAGCGACGAUGCCAUUCCGGCUAACACGCUAAAAAGGCCGUCGCCGGAACCGGUGUACGAUGGGGAUUCGAACAACUCGAAAACAUCUGCCGGUGCGUCACUGGCCAAGAAACCAAAGGUAGCCAAAAAGAAGAAGAAACGGGAUCCCAACGAGCCGCAAAAACCCGUCUCCGCGUAUGCACUGUUCUUCCGUGACACUCAAGCUGCCAUCAAAGGUCAAUCGCCGAAUGCGUCGUUCGGAGAGGUGUCCAAAAUAGUUGCAUCCAUGUGGGACGUGUUAGCGACAGAGCACAAAAACGUGUACAAGAAGAAAACCGAGGCUGCCAAAAAGGAAUACCUAAAAGCAUUAGCAGCGUACCGAGCGAGUUUAGUGUCCAAGGGUACGGAAGGAGAUCCACCCCAGCAGCAGCAGUCCUCCCAACAGCAGCAGCAUCAGCCAAUGUAUUCACCACCCCCACCGCCCCAACAGCAUUCCGGCCAGCAGAUUCAGCAGCAGCAGCAGAGCAACCAUCUGGUGAAUCAUUCGCAACCGUCGCCCCAGCAUGGCCAACCGGUUCCCCAAGUGAGCCCCCACAUGCCGAUGCCGGGUCAGGGAGGUCAGAUGCCACCGCAGUCCAGCAGCUAUCCGCCGCCGUACGCCUCACCGUACAAAUCACCACAGCAGACCAUGAUGCAAAUGCAACCACAUCUUCAACAUCACAGUCAACCACCGAUGCAUCCGGGCCAAGCUCAACCUCAGCCACCUCCCCACCACAUGCAGAUGAACCAAAUGACCGCCCAGCAGCAACAGCAAAUGAUGGUCCAACAGCAGCAGCAACAACAGCAACAGCAGAUGGGAAUGUCGCCGCAACAACAAAUGCAGCAAAACCACCUUACCAAUGCAAACAUGAACGGAAUGAUGAACAUGGGCAUGACACCACCGCAAUCACACUACAUGAAUCAACAGUAUUCUUCGCACCUGACAGAUGUCACACAGUCAGCAACAAGGACAACAGCACCCUCAGCUUCCUGGUCAUCCGAUGCAGCAGCAGCAGCAGCAGGGUGGACACAUGAGCCCCCACCAGGUUGCUCCUCCACUGUCCGGCAGCCCACCGCAGCAGAACGUCACUCCCCAGCAAUGUAUCCGGCACGGUUGUCAGAACCCGGCGAUCGUCAAUUCCGACUGGGAGGAUGAGUACUGCAGUAACGAAUGCGUCAUCACACACUGCCGGGACGUCUUCGGCAACUGGGUUCAAACCAACAACUCGCAACAGCAAACCUACUCGGCUGUUAAGUAAGCAGUUGGCCUGGAAGAAAAACCACAAAACAAAACGAUAGGGUGCAAUCGCGAGAGAGGCUCCCAUUCAAAGCGUAACUAUACAUAACUAUAAUCAAUUCGUAAUUAAUUGUUAUUACUAAAAAACAAACAAAAUUACACACUUUUUACAAUGAUACAACUUUUAAACUUUAAGAAAAUAACACACUGUAGCUAAUAAGACGUAAACAAUAAAUGAACAGAAUAUUCAUAUGAAUUGAAUUCAACAAAAAAAAACUAUAGUAAUGAAGAAAGAAGAUGAUGGACCGUGAAACCAACACGACACAGAAAAGACAGCCAAAAGUUGCAAUUACGUUUAGUGGAUUCAUUCAAAGCAAAAGAAAACAAAACUCGUUAAGCAAUUUCUAAUCGUACGUCCCCUUGUUUUUGUUUCAUACAUAUAUAUAAUGCAUAUUUGUGUAAAUACUUUCGAACAUUAUUUCUUCCCAUGCGAAGCAAAUGCAAACAUACGGAGAGUAAAAUGCAGAAACCUACCCGUGAGGCUGUAUAUUGUUAUUCCUCUUCUUAAUUUAUCUCGAUGAACGUUGUUUUCGAUUAGUUUGUAAAAUAAAAUCAGAGUACGAUCACAAUAUAGGCAAAUAACUAAUGAAAUAAGUAGUUGUCGUUACUGAAAACCUACAAAUAAAUUACAUUGUAGUAUAGAUAAAUAACACACCCCCACAUUCAAAGCCAAGCAAAAACCAGCACACAUUACUACAAAUAAUGGAAAUUGAAAGAGCGAGCCACUCCAGUUUGGACAAAAGUGGAAUGUUAUGUGGAAAAUUCAUACCUACCAGGGCGUAUUAUAUAUUAGAACAGACGACGAAAGCAAUUUGGCAGUCGAGUGAAGCGUCUGGUUCAAAAUUUCAGUGCAAGCCAUCCCUCAUUAGCAUCUCACCCAUCGAUAAUCGUUACAUGAACCAUCAAUUUGUCAAAGAAAAAAAAAGAAACAGCCUCGUUUUGAGACAGACAGAUCAAAUAGCAAAAUCUCACUCAUCGGAUCAGUGUUCCAUGGGCCUGGUUGGCUGUACAAUCACGUACAGCAUACAGCCAGUGGCAAAAACUAAACAAUGGCAAGGGCACUAGCAAAAGAGAAGGAAACCAGCAUACAUACUAAUAAAAAUAUUAUUUUGUAGAAAGUUAAA